AACAACAUCCAUUCUGCCUCCAAAGGCCUACCUCUGAACCAUGCUGCCUUGCCUCCUACAGACUAUGACAGAAGUCCCUUUGUAACAUCCCCCAUUAGCAUGACAAUGCCACCUCAUGGCAGCCUGCAAGGUUACCAAGCAUAUGGCCACUUUCCUAGCCGGGCCAUCAAGUCCGAGUACCCAGACCCCUACACCAGCUCACCCUACACCAGCUCACCCGAGUCCAUCAUGGGCUAUUCCUACAUGGACAGUUACCAGACAAGCUCCCCGUCGAGCAUUCCACAUCUGAUACUGGAACUUUUGAAGUGUGAGCCUGAUGUGCCUCAAGUUCAAGCCAAAAUCAUGACCUAUUUGCAGCAAGAACAGGCUAACCGAAGCAAGCACGAAAAGCUGAGCACAUGUGGGCUUAUGUGCAAAAUGGCGGAUCAAACCCUCUUCUCCAUUGUUGAGUGGGCCAGGAGUAGUAUCUUCUUCAGAGAACUUAAGGUUGAUGACCAAAUGAAACUGCUUCAGAAUUGCUGGAGUGAGCUCUUAAUCCUCGACCACAUUUACCGACAAGUGGUACAUGGGAAGGAAGGAUCCAUCUUCCUGGUUACUGGGCAACAAGUGGACUAUUCUACAAUCGCAUCUCAAGCCGGGGCAACCCUCAAUAACCUCAUGAGUCACGCACAGGAGCUAGUGGCAAAACUUCGCUCCCUACAGUUCGAUCAACGAGAGUUUGUGUGUCUGAAAUUCUUGGUGCUCUUUAGUUUGGAUGUCAAAAACCUCGAGAAUUUCCAGUUGGUAGAGGGUGUCCAGGAACAAGUCAACGCCGCCCUGCUGGACUAUACCAUGUGUAACUACCUGCAGCAAACAGAGAAUUUGGGGCAGCUACUUCUGCGACUCCCCGAAAUCCGGGCCAUCAGCAUGCAGGCUGAGGAAUACCUCUACUACAAGCACCUGAAUGGGGACGUGCCCUACAAUAACCUUCUCAUUGAAAUGUUGCAUGCAAAAAGAGCAUGUUAUAACCCCUAG